AUUCUCCAUUCCUCCAGUUACCCUAUUCACAAAGUUGCCUAAUAGCGUGAAAUGGCAUUGAAAGAACAAGAGACCAUUCUUGUUACUCCUUGUCUUCCUAUAAGAUGGUGGUCUAAGGAGACGGUGGCGGUGGUUACGGGAGCAAACAAAGGUAUCGGUUUUGCACUCGUAAAACGGCUGGCGGAGCUGGGGCUGACGGUGGUGCUAACGGCCCGAGACAUUGGGAGGGGACUAAAUGCAGUAAAAUUACUGAAGAAUGAAGGACUUCAUGUUUAUUUCUUUCCUCUUGAUGUUUCAGAACUCGCUUCCAUCAAGAUAUUUGCAUCAUGGUUCCAAGAGAAAUUUGGAACGUUGGAUAUUCUAGUAAAUAAUGCAGGGGUGUCAUUCAAUGAUAUAGGGGAGAAUUCAGUGGAACAUGCGGAGAUUGUCAUCAAAACCAAUUUCUACGGUUCAAAAUGGCUAACUGAGGCUCUCUUGCCUAUGUUUCGACGAUCAGAUUCCGCCGGUCGAAUUCUUAAUAUCAGUUCUAGACUCGGAUUAUUAAACAAGCUGAAGAAUCCGAAAUUAAGAGAGAUGCUUCUGGACGAAGAAAAACUAUCAGAAGAUCAAAUUGAUGGAAUGUUGAAAUUAUUCAUUGAAAAUGUUAAGAGUGAGACAUGGAAGAGCCAUGGAUGGCCAGAAGUCUGGACUGAUUAUGCAGUCUCAAAACUUGCACUAAAUGCACAUUCAAGGUUUCUGGCAAAGCGUUUUCAGGGACUUGGGUUAAGCGUUAAUUGCUUCUGUCCUGGAUUCACUCAGACUUCCAUGACCGGUGGUAAGGGCAAGCACACGUCGGAAGCCGUGGCAGAGGUGGCCGCAUGCCUUGUAUUGCUUCCGCCGGAAAAGUUGCUUACCGGGAAGUUCUACGUGGCAUCUAGCGCAGGUGUUUAUUCAAAGUUGUAAUAAAUUAAAGGCGGAUAAUGUAGCUAGUUUCUUGAAAAGAGUAUUGUUGUUCAUCAAGAGUGAUGAUGAUUCAAUAAACUAUGCGACAAUGAAGUUAGUUUCACAUUGUUCAAUGAAGUUGGAAUUCAUUUUUGUUCAAUAUGGAUUGGAAGUAGCCCCGCUAUCACAUAAACUAGUGAUCAUGUUGCUCGAGUAGGAUUUUUUGUUUGGAAAUGGUGGGUUGAGCUUAUUCCAAGUUGUAAUGGGAUUAUAAAUGAAGCUUUAGGAGCUGUUAGGGUAGAGAUGUGUAACAAGUUAGCAAUGGCUCAUUAAUGUUGUGUGUUUAAGUA